AUGUUGGGUGCUCUGCGGGCGAAGCCUUUGGCUAGGUCGUUCACCUCCCGGGCAGUCGAUGGCUUCACUGGUGCCGUCGGCAACACUCCUCUGAUCCGCCUCAAGAAGCUCUCGGAGAAGACAGGCUGCAACAUCAUUGGCAAGGCCGAAUUCCAGAACCCAGGUGGUAGCGUGAAAGAUCGCGCUGCACUAGGUGUCGUCCGGGACGCAGAGGAACGGGGAUUGCUUAAAGCUGGUGGAACGGUCGUGGAGGGCACGGCUGGGAACACUGGCAUUGGACUUGCUCAUGUCUGCAGAUCGCGGGGCUAUAAAUGCGUAAUCUUUAUGCCCAACACUCAGAGUCAAGAGAAGAUCGACCUGCUGCGCAUGCUGGGUGCGGAAGUCUACCCCGUACCCGCCGUCGCGUACGAGAACCCGCAGAACUACAACCACCAGGCGCGCGACUUCGCAAAGAGCCUGCCCAACGCCAUAUGGACAGACCAGUUCGACAACACCGCGAACGCUAAGGCGCACUACCUCUCGACAGGCCCGGAGAUCUGGGAACAGACAGACGGGAACGUGGAUGCGUUCAUUUGCGCGACGGGCACGGGUGGUACGCUCGCGGGGACAGGGAAGUACUUGAAGGAGAAGAGCGGGGGGAAGACGCAGAUCUGGCUUGCGGAUCCGCCGGGUAGCGUGCUCUACAGCUAUGUGAGCAGUGGCGGGAAGUUGACGGAGAGAAAUGGUUCCUCCAUCACCGAGGGUAUUGGUCAGGGCCGAAUCACGAACAACCUCGGGACAUUCGUCAAGGAUCUGGACGGUGCACUGAGCAUUCCUGAUGCGGACUCAUUAGAAAUGGUGUACGACCUCCUGGACAGCGAAGGUCUUUACCUCGGUGCGAGCUCGGCACUGAACGUCGUUGCGGCAUAUAAGCUCGCGCAGAAGCUCGGACCUGGCAAGACUGUUGCUACAAUCCUUUGUGACGGUGCCUACCGGUAUCAAAGCCGGCUGUUCUCAAAAGCGUGGGUCAAGUCGAAGGGCUUCGAGGAUGCAAUCCCUCUACAUCUUAAAAAGUACACUGUACUAGAUUGA